GUCAGUGUAUCACAGUCUGAGUUAGCAUCUUUGAUAAGCACAGCAGAAAACUUAAAAAUCAAAGGUCUAGCUGAACCUGAUAGACCGGUAGAUAAGAGUGUGAAAAGAAUAGCAUCGCCUCCCAGACCGCAGCCUCCACCCCUGCCCCAACAGUCCACCCCAGCAACUCCUGUUGGGGUACCUCAGCAUCUUCAGGUGUCAAAAUACCCCCAGUCUAGUCCUGUUGCCAAACGGAAAAAAUCAGAACAAUUUAAUGUACAGAGUAGUUAUGUUGGUGUGAGAGAGAACCAGGAGGAGGUUGUGACUGUUGAAGCUGGUAAUGGGGAAAACUUGAGUCUCCGUGGUGAAAAUCUUAGUCUCCGUGGUGAAAAUUUAAGUAUUCGUGAUCACCCGGCUCCCCAGGUGGUGUUAGUUCCCUCACAUGAACCUCCACACCAACCAGACAUUACAUCCCACACACCCCAGCCUUAUGCUAGUCACCACGGUCCCAUCGCAGCCUCCGAGGGUGUUUUAUACUCGGUCUCAGGGACGGCAAUCUACGCGGGCACAGCUCAAGUCAGCUCAUCCAGUCGAGGGGAGCAAAUAACCCGUGAAGUAUAUCCACAAGCAGAUCAAUACCACAGUAGUGACGAAGGGACACUACCGGGACCCUCAGGUGUACAAACUCAACCCCACGCAGAAACUUCUAUG